CUCGGACUCCUUAGAAGUGGGCGGACACUUGGAAGAAAAUUCUCAGCCUCCGUAGAGCAGCUGCACACUCGGGCGGCACGGAGCCGCUUAAAGACGCUCUUUCUUUGUGGUGACUUUAGGUGCUGUUUACAUUACCCCCCAGACUCACACAUAUACAAAUUAACAUAUCGAAAUAUCCAGCACCUAUGUAAUAGUUGCAUCUAGUGCAGCCAUGCGAACGGCUUACUUCUUACUCUGUUUAUGCGCGUCCGUCUCUGGUCAGGAUCUGGAAACACCGCAGUAUGAUGCCAUCGAGGAGAAAGUGGACUUGAAAGCACAAGAUGCUGACCGUCGAUCUUCAAGGCAGGUUAACCCUUCUCAGAAGCUGGAGACUAGACCUCACAUUACAGAUUUCACAGUGAAAACAACAAUUAUUUCCCGAUAUGCUUUCACUGCAGUUUCAUGUAGUAUGAUCAACCGAGUGUCAGCUGCUAAGGAAGGUGUUUUCCAAGUUCAGAUUCCAUCUUCAGCUUUCAUCUCCAACUUUACCAUGAUUAUUGCAGGACGAGUUGUUCCUGGCACAGUACAGGCAAAGGAAAAAAAAAUCAUUGAUCCCACCCAGGAAGCCAAGAAAUUGAGGAAUGCGACUAAAGCAAGCAGUAGUGAAAAUGAAAUGGAGACAUUUCGAAUGGCGGUUAACAUCCCAGGGAAGAACAAGGCGACAUUUCUUUUGAUCUAUGAGGAACUUCUACAGAGACGCCUGGGAAAAUAUGAACUUGUAACGAGCAUUCGUCCACUGCAGCUAGUUAGCAAACUGUUAGUAGAUGUUAACAUUUUGGAGCUUUCUGAGAUAACGUACCUUGAAGUGCCUCCAUUGCGGAAUGCAAGAAAUAAUGGCUUAGGAGCCACAACAAAACCCAACAACCAGGUCACAAUUCCACCAUCAACUACUAUCAAGCAGGAUAAGACCACCUGUAGAAUUACCUUCAGUCCUAACAUUGUACAGCAGGCCAAGAUAGCACGCAAUGGCAUUCUGGGUGAUUUCAUUAUACGUUAUGAUGUGGAAAGAGAGUUAGGAGUAGGACAGAUUCAGGUGUUAAAUGGAUUCUUUGUGCACUACUUUGCACCAAAAGAUCUCCCAGCUGUUCCCAAGAAUAUCGUCUUCAUUAUUGACACCAGUGCUUCAAUGGCGGGAACUAAGAUGAAACAGACUAAAGAAGCCCUUUUCACCAUCCUAAAAGACCUACGACCUCAAGACCAUUUUAACAUUGUCAGCUUUUCAAACCGCAUUAAAGUAUGGCAUCAAGGGAAGCUGGUACCUGUAUCACCAGAUAAUAUCCGGGAUGCAAAAAAAUUCAUUUAUCUCUUAAACCCCACUGGAGGAACAAAUAUAAAUGGAGGCAUUCAGACAGGAACUGCUUUAUUAAGCGACUACAAUGCCCAAGUGAAGGAUGCUCAAAAGAGAGUUUCCUUGAUCAUUUUUCUGACUGACGGACGUCCCACUGUGGGAGAAAUUCUGUCUCCCAAAAUAGUUAACAACACCAAGCUUGCUGUUCAAGAGAAAAUCUGUGUGUUUAGCAUUGGCAUUGGCAAUGAUGUGGAUUACAGACUACUGGAACACUUGUCUUUAGAAAACUGUGGCAUGGUGCGAAGGAUUCAUGAAGAAGCGGACGCAAAAACAAUGCUCAAAGGAUUUUACGAUGAAAUUGGCACUCCUCUUCUUUCGGAUAUUCACAUACACUAUACAGAUGACAUGGUCGAUUAUGUAACCCAAAACCUUUUUAUCAACUACUUUAAUGGAUCAGAAAUUGUCAUUGCUGGAAGAUUAUCAAAUCCAGACGCAGACACUCUGCAUGUCCAGGUAACUGCCAGCAACAGUGACAAGAGCAUUGUGUUGGAGUCUAAUGUACCUCUGAAAAACAAAGAAAAAGAAGUGCAGAAAACUGUUGCCAGCUUGGAAAAGGUAAAUGAAGAAAACAACUACAUUGAACGACUUUGGGGAUACCUAAGUGUUAAGGAGCUCCUGAAGUCUAGAAUGAGGAGCACAACCAGCAAGCAACGCGAAUACCUUUCAGACAAAGCAAAGAACCUGUCCGUUAAAUACAACUUUGUAACCCCGCUGAGCACCAUGGUAAUAGAGCUGCCUGACAUCCAAAUGGACAGACCCAAUGCCGAUGAGGCAAACCUGAAUGACCACGAUUAUGGUGGAAAACCGCAGAGUUUGCAUAGGAACGAAAAACAACCAGAUGCUGUUGUUAAAAAUAAAGAAGACAAGAUUGUAACUUUUUCAAAAACUUCAGCUGAUGGAGACCCACACUUUGUUGUUGACUUCCCAUUGAGCAAGAUGGCUGUAUGCUUUAACAUCAAUGGUGAGCCAGGCGAUGUUAUCAGACUGGUAUCUGACCACACAACUUCAGGAAUCACAGUCAAUGGAAAAUUAAUUGGAGCGCCUGCACCAGUUAAUAGUCAUAAGAAGCAGCGGACCUAUUUUAGCACAAUAACAAUCAUGGUGAAUAAGCCCAAGCGGUCUUACAUUGAAAUCACUCCUCAAAAAGUUAUCUUGGAUGGCAAAGACCGAGUCAUUCUUCGAUGCGAUAAGACCGUCACGGUGGACAGUGGUGACUUGUCCGUGUCAGUGGUAGAGAAGUCCAAUGUAACAGUGACAAUAUGGGGAACCGUCUCUUUUGUAAUCCUUAUUCAUCAGUAUAAAAACCCAGCCUUUUACCAGAGAGACCACCUUGGCUUUUACAUAUCAAACAGCAAGGGCUUGUCCAACAAUUCGCAUGGACUACUAGGGCAGUUCAUCUACCAGGACGUUAGUGUCAGUGAAGUGCAACUAAGUAAGACCCAGCAAAAUGGAACAAUUCCCGUCAAUGAUCUUCCAAGUUUCAGUGCUACCUUGAAUCUGAAGGAUCGGCGAAUACCAGUGAUAAAGAAACAGAGGAAGAUAUACAGCGGGAAGCAUCAGGUGGACUGCUGGUUUGUGAAGAACAAUGCAGGCAAGCUCAUCGACGGAACGUACAAAGACUACGUGGUAGCACACUUGUUUGACACGGGCAUGGGGCCAGACGGAUCCAAUGAAGCCUAAUGUCUGAUGCAUAUUACAAAAAGGAAAAAGGAUGUCUACUGCCCGAGAAAUCUUCAAAGAUGCCGAAAUGUAACAUUUCAGAGCAUUACGCUCUCCCUGAUUAUUUGUUUUAUAUUUCAAUGGUUAGCAUAACUUUUAAAGUCCCACAGGCAAACAAUAAGAUCAAAGUGAAAUUUGAAAGGACUUUUGUUUUGUUUUUUUAAAUCAUACGCUAGUAUGUUCACUCAUGCUACAUUCACAUGCUCUGGGAAAUACAAGCUUCCCAGUGGAAAAAAUUUACAAGGGCAAUUCUAAAAGUAAAGGAAAUGUAUUUUUUUUUAGACAAAUAUAUGUGAUACUGACAUAACUAUUGCAUUACACUGGUUUUCAACAUACUGUAGUCUCCCUGGUCUUCCACACACUUUGCGGUACAUAAAACAAGCUUCUUACUUACAUCACAGAAGAUGGUUUCUGGUCGGUCCCAAAGCCGAGUGUGCACAGCUUGUUUGACGUCUUCAUUAUUUAUGUCCUCAGCGGUGCCUUUAAAGCCGUACCUCUCGAGUUUGUCGUCUGAAUUUGCCGACUUGUGCCUUAAAACUGAUUACGCACCUCAUUCCAAUACAUAAACAGAGGCCAAGCCAGAGAUGGCAUUUGACAGCUGUGCUGUAUUUGGGUACAAAUAUGUGCUUAAUGAACUCAGACUGGAAAUGCAUGUGAAGAGAAGUGACGUUGUAACUGGCAGCUCUGCAAAUACAAGUAGAAUUAGAUCGUGCAUUUUAGCAAAUUAGGUUUAUUUUUGCAAAAGACUUGUUCCUCAUUGAUCCACAUUAACAUACUACUCUUUUUUUUAAUUCUAUAAAAACCUAAAUCUGUAGCAGAAAUACACCUCGGCCCUGAAGACUAAAAGAAACUCCAUGUAGACUGGUGGCGUGUCGUUCUUCUGACAUUUGCUCUCACUAGCAUUGAGCACCAGAAGCCACGAGACAGCCUGACUGCAGGUGCUUUUCUAUUACAGGCAUAAAGAAGGUGAUAUGUGGACAUUGACAAUAUUAAACAUAAUAAUGGUUAUCAGAAUCCUUACCGCAUUCAAAAGGUAAUAAACAAAAUUACUGGGUGUUUCGUUUUGCUGUUUUUACGCUCUAGUUUUAGUUGCAUUUUCUUUCUCCAGUGUUUUCAUGCUGCACAGGAUGUUUGUUUCUAAAAUCUUCUUUUAUUCAUUCAUGUAUGUGCCACACGUCAAGUCGUGUUGAACACGGUCAUCACCUCAAACUGUAAAAUGCCUGCCCAUGGGCUGUGGUUCAGUGAACUUGUCAUGCCAUUUUGAAAAAAAAAAAGCAAUUAUGGCACAAUAAUCAAAAUGAGUAUUUAAAAAAACAAAGCAAUCUUCAACUACAGCCCUGUUGUCUGCAUGUCCACGUUGGCUGACUGCUGUGUCACAUCCAGAGCAGACACCAGGUGAGCCAGCAGAAAUAAAACACAGCCCGGCUUAGCCCGAGUCCAGGGAGCCUGCUGAAAGCCUCCAUUACUGAAGUUCGCUCGCCCAGAGCAGGAGAGUUUUCAAGGGAGCUGUUAUUGUUAAAGGCACAUGGCAUGCAGUACUGUAUUAUCAUCAUCAUCUGUUCAGAUUAUUCUUGUCGUUUUUAUAUGCCAAAUACGUUGCAAAACCAUUGUUAGUUUGAGAGGUUAUCAAUAUUGGAAGAGAAAUUCAGGGAAUCUUUUUGGUAAACAUGAUUUUAACCUUUUUAUAGAUGAAGGCAAGCAAGACUAAUAUUUUGUAUUUAAACUGAUACUGUUUAACUUUAUUGAUAUUUUUAUACCACCAAAGGCAAAAUGUUACAUUGUAAACGUAUGUAAAUAUUGUUAUAUGAACUACAAUAUAAAUGCCUUACAAUAUUUUAAAAACAUAUUGUUGACUUCUUGAAUUUCACUUAAACGCCACAAUAAAGAGGAGCCACUGUUAAUGCACAUUUUUAUUUUCUUUGUAAUGAAGCAACGAUGAAAAAAAAGGCAAAUUCUGCAACUUGUUGUUCAUCCUCUGGUGCUUUUUUUUUUUUUUUUGAAAUUUAAGAAGCGUGUUUAUAAUUACAGUUCUGUCAAAAGCAAAUUAAGUAAAAUUAUAGGGGAGUUUAUUACACUUAAA